UUUGAAAGCGAAAGAGGAAGUAAAUUACUGGUUGUAUUGAUAUUACAUUCCGGGCUGUAUUAUCCUGUCGAGUUCAAAUCUAUAAAAACGGAUUUUUUCCUCGUGUUGAUUUUAGAGGUCAAAAAUGGUGAUCAAUAGAUAGGAGCAAAUAUACAUAUGUACGCACAAGAAUGGCAGCUGCAACGUCAAAGCAGCCAUCCAAAAAGAAACGUCUAUUCGUGGCAGCUAUAGAUCUAGGUACAACAUACAGCGGCUGGGCUUAUUCUACACUUAAUGACCCUGAUAAAGUACUUGCCAACCAAGCAUGGUUUGCUGGCACAGGAACACUAGCGUCACAAAAGACACCCUCUUGUGUUCUGCUUUCGCCGAAAAAAGAGUUCGAAGCGUUUGGCUACGAAGCAGAAACUAAGUUUGCAGGUCUUGCAGAAGAAGGCAAGCAUCAUGGAUGGUACUACUUUCGAAGGUUUAAAAUGACUUUGUUUGAUGAUCGUAAACUGAAUCGUCACACGAGCAUUGAAGACAUAUCUGGAAAGAAAAUGCCAGCACUGGUAAUAUUUGCUCAUGCCAUACGUUAUCUGAAGAACAACUUCAUGCAAACAGUCCAUAACAGAGUUCAGAAUGUCAAGGACACCGAUGUGAAUUAUGUUCUAACAGUUCCAGCAAUUUGGAACGACAUGGCAAAGCGAUUUAUGCGAGAAGCAGCUAUUGAGGCUGGUAUUCCAAACGACCAAAUUACAUUAGCGCUUGAACCUGAAGCAGCGUCUAUUUGGUGUCAGGGGAUCCACACAGAGGUUCAACGAAACUUUGAUACCACCGAUCUUGGUAUUUCAGCUGUUGGUACACGAUACAUGAUUGUGGAUUUAGGCGGUGGAACCGCAGACAUCACUGUUCACGAGAAGAGACACAACAAUACACUCUUAGAGAUACAUAAAGCUACAGGAGGAGCGUGGGGAGGAACAGAAGUUGACAAAAAUUACAUACAACUUCUAGCAAAAAUAAUUGGACCGAACGAAUGGAAAAAGUACGAGCAAAAAGAACUGGAAGAUAUACUUGACAUCCAUAGGGACUUUGAAACUAAGAAAAGAAAUAUAUCUACCAUUUCAUCCGGUCAGAUCACUGUCAAGAUGCCGAGCAGUCUGAAAGAUGCUUAUGAACAUAAUGGAAAGAGGUCUAUAUCAGAUGUGGAAGAAAGGUUUAACAGGAAUAUCGACUGGAAAAAGGACAAAUUAAGAGUAGCUGUAACAUUAAUGAAGAAAUGUUUCGAAGGUCCAGUGAAUGAUGUCAUUGCACAUGUGGAAGAGAUUUUAUCAGAAGAAAACAUGGGAAAUGUUGACAAGAUAAUGCUGGUGGGAGGGUUCGCUGAAAGCCCGUACGUACAAGAGACUUUCAAAGCACACUUUACAGGCAGACGAAUUAUUAUUCCAUCAGAAUGUGGCCUUGCUGUCUUAAAAGGAGCUGUACUCUUUGGGCAAAACCCUACAGUUGUAACAGCAAGAAUUGCACGGUACACAUACGGUCUGGAAAUUGCUGUUCCUUUUGAUCGUACAAAGCAUUCUAGAGAAAAACUAGUUGAUACGGAUGCUGGACCGUUAUGCCGAGAUUCGUUUUGGAAGGCUGUUGAGAUCGGACAGGUGAUAAAGAAUGGACACGAAGUGCCAAGGAUUGGAAGAGCGGUCGAUGAUUACCAACCAAAGAUUUCUCUAAAAAUUGUCAAAUCAAAGCAACGCAAUCCGGCAUACACAACAGAUCCGGAUUGUGAAGUCAUUGGACAUGUUGUAAUACCAAUGGAUCGCACUUUAAAGGCUGAUAACAACGCUGUUGAUGAAAUAUUUACAUUUGGUGGCACAGAGCUCAUGUUAAGAACACGACAUAAGAAUACAGGCGCUACACAAGAACUCGCCUUUGACCUGUAAAACAUUUUAAGGACAUUCGAUAUAAAUCUGCCGAGCACGCUUGUUCAAGUUAGAUAUAUGUAAAUAUAACUUUAAUCAAAACUAAAACUUAUAAUUUUCUUUGUUUCAAGUAUGAUAUUAAAAGUUUUUAUUUUAAAACACAUUUAAUUUCUUAAACAAG